UGAGUACCUGACCGACCUUAACAUGGAAUUCUUCCGAGCGAUAAGCGGCUUCCUCCUCGUUUCCUUCGUUGCUGCCGACGGAGUUAAACUCGGAGCCGUGCAUGGGGGAGGCCUCGACGUAGGUCUGCCAGUCGGAGGCGGAGAAGGAGGACUCUACCGCGGAGACGUGGAAAUCUUAGGGCACGGCGGCGGCGGCGUUAAGCACGGCGGCCACGUGCACGGGCUCUUUCCUCACGAGUUCGUCACGGGCAUUCAGUCGGCCAAGUUGGUGAAAUCUGAACUGCGACUACCUGGAUUAUACCCAGACGGGAUUCCCCACGUGGUAGGAGGCAACUUCGGCGGUCACCACGGGGGUAGCAUCAUCUCUGGAGGCGGGCUUCACGGUGGAAGUGUAGUCGCUGGAGGACAUCCCGGUGGCCACUUGGGAGUCGGAGGACAUCUUGGUGGAGACGUAGUGGUUGGAGGAGGAGGACAUCACGGUGAGGGUGUUUUCCUUGACGACGGAGGAUUCGGAAGCCAUCACACUUUGGGCGGCGGGCACUUGGGCGGAGGUCUGGCCCACGGGGCUGACAUUUUCGUGAGCGACGGCCACAUCAACUCGAUCGGCGGGGGACACAACGCGAUUCAUCGCGGCGAUGUCUUUCUUGGAGGGCAUCACGGUGGGGGAUACCUCGGCGGGUGGUGAAACGAUCGGGAGGAGGUUCUCGCGCCAGCGUAGGUGGGAAAAUGGGUCAUUCUGACGUAGGCUACGUCUAAUAGAUUCAGUUUCCAGAGUUGGAAUUCAUGUUUCUCAUCGUUGCAUCGUCGCCAUGACUUUCGAGUUGUUGAAUAUUUUGUCUUUUACUGUCGUUGUCAAAUUGUCAGGGCUAAAUUUAUAUUAAAGAAGAAAACCAAAUUCAAGACAGCCAUGCUUAGAAACAGGUUCUUCAUCCGUAAAGGGAAACGUUUUUUUUUUUUUUUUUUUUUUUUUUAGGUACUAAUGAAUGAAUAGCCAUAAAGCAUGAUAAAGCUGUGCACAUAUGAAAAGAGGAGCAAAUUUCUCAGUUUUUAAAAGAUGGUUAUGGUACGUGAGUCUCACAGGUAUCUAUGUCCUGAGAACGUUCACGAAUCAACAACAAAUGGUUACUAACUCUUGAAAGUAAGAAUUUUUCCAAUAAAUUAGGUAACUGAUGCACUGAGAAAUUUCUCUCUCUACUCUUUAGUCCAAUGUGAUAUUAGUCAAAUGGUACUGAAUAUUUUGUACCAUCUUUCAAAUAUUCUGUUUGUUUAUAUUUUCCAUGAAACUUUUAUUCCCAAUUGUCAAUUAUUAUGACACACAUAUGAAUUUAUCCUUGUAUUUUUGUUAAAAAAUAAAAAGCUUGACUUUA